GGAAAAGCAUGGGACCCACAACAGAUUAACAUUAACCCAAUCAGACUUUCUCAACCGAGGCCGGUCCACCCGUUUAUAAAAUACCGCCACCACACCUAAUCAUAAAUUCUCCUCUCAUUUGUUUGCUUUAUACCAUCUCCGUUUCGGCUUUCUUCGUUCUUAAUCUUUUCCUUUUCUUUCCUACCCAACCAAAGUUCCUUCAGGCAUUCAAAUCCCCCUUCCCCAAUAAAAGGAGGAUCUGAAAUAUCUUUGUUUCACGAUGGCAUCAAAACGGAUCUUGAAGGAAUUGAAGGAUUUACAAAAGGAUCCUCCUACAUCUUGCAGUGCUGUUGAUGUUGACAAAGGUCCUGUUGCCGAAGACAUGUUUCAUUGGCAGGCAACAAUCAUGGGUCCACCAGACAGUCCUUAUUCUGGGGGUGUUUUCCUAGUGACAAUUCAUUUUCCUCCAGAUUAUCCCUUUAAGCCCCCAAAGGUGGCAUUUAGAACAAAGGUAUUCCACCCCAAUAUUAACAGCAAUGGAAGCAUUUGCCUAGACAUCUUGAAGGAGCAGUGGAGUCCUGCGCUAACAAUUUCUAAGGUAUUGCUAUCAAUCUGUUCUUUGCUGACGGACCCAAAUCCCGAUGAUCCAUUGGUGCCGGAGAUUGCUCACAUGUACAAGACAGACAGGAACAAGUACGAGACGACUGCAAGGAGCUGGACCCAGAAGUAUGCCAUGGGCUAAACGAGCUUUGGUGUGUGCGAGGAGAGGCCCUAUGUGUUUUUUUUAUAUAUAUUUUUUGCUUUUUUCUAGUUCUAUGUAUGAACGUGUGUUCUGUCACUUAAAUCCUAAAAUGGACUAAGGAGGCCCAUAGCAUGCUCUUAGUUAAAAAAAGAAACGCAGAUGUCGCUUUCUGUUGUAUGGAUAAUGUAACCUUGGAACAGAGAAAUUUGUGUCCUGAAUCUGAAAGUUUUUUCCUACACUAGGAUAAAAUAAAAUCUUUAUUCCUAAUAAGAGUA